GUCAAAACUUAUAUAUCGAUAGUGUCGCAUUGCUUUUCAGCUUUAUACCCAAAUUAAUAAUCUUGAAAUAACUUAGAAAAUGAUCGGCAGACUUUCUUUUUGGUACAAGGACAACGUUUCCAACGAGGUGGACUGCUUGGCCUGCCGUCUGGUUAGUGGCUUUGGACUCCUGGGCAUCGGUGCCUUCCUCUUGGCGCAGUCGAAAAAGAGGCGUUCGAAACCCCUGGAGAAUUACACUAUGAAGGGCUUGGCGGCAGCCGUUGGAGUUCUGGGCGUGGCCCGCCUGGCAGACGCGAAUUUCCUGAAGGCAACCGUCGAGGAGCCGACGGAACAGGAAACAAAGGCUUUAAAGACUGGCACUGAUCAUCAGUUUUUUUCUAGACGUUAAUUCAAAUAGAUUUUAAUUAUAUAUAGAAUUUCUAACUGUAUAAAGAUUUCUGUUUUCGUUUGUACGUGCACAUAUGGCAAUUAAAUAAUAUAGUUCUUAUUGUA